AUGUAUAGGAAGGAAUUGCAGAGUGUAUUAGGAGGGAAGGCUGUGAGUUUGCCACAUGUGUUUAUUAGAGGGAAGCAUAUUGGUGGUGUGGAUGAGAUUAAGCAACUUCAUGAGGUUAGAGAGUUGGCAAAGCUUUUGGAAGGAUUCCUAGCUCAAGAUCCAGGGAUUGUUUGUGACAAUUGUCGGGAUGCAAGGUUUGUGUCGUGCCUAAAUUGUAAUGGAAGUCGAAAAGUGUUUGAGGAAGAGGAAGGAAAAUUGAGGAGUAAUGGCUCUGACGCUGCUGGCGGUAUCCUUAAGAAAUUUAAUCUCAAAAUUUGGCAUAAGCACACACACACACACAUAGUGCUUUAG